UCCGCCUUUCUGAACGCCGGCUACCGGGUGUCCUUUUCGCAUGCAGCCACUGCCUCCCUCAAGACGGACGCUCCACCUAGUUUUAUCUGGGAUGUUAUGUGUGCCUGGAAGCGUCGUGUGCAAGCCACCAAGGUCGCGGCAGCCAGUGGGUCCCCUGACUCUCCGCAGAAAGAGGAAAAGGAGGAACCUAUGAGCCUGGAAGACAAUGCGACGGAUGCAGACGGACGGACGGAGCAGCAGAGUGCCGAGGAAACGGCAACGGUGAAUGUCAUGGAUCAGAAAGCCGUUAAGCGGAAAUCUCAGGGCAAGAAACAUCCGCCCGCUGAAUCUGCUCUUCGCGUAGAGGCGGCCCUUAUGGAACGUCCUCCCAAUCCCCGCGUGGACUUCACUCCACAUCCUAAUGCCAAUCCCAGUUCGCGUGAAGAGGGCCUUCUCAGAAAUGUCGCAAUUGUUACCGCCAUCUCGAUAAAGUACCUGACGAUGAGGGCAGCCUGGGGCUGA